GAAGAGGCGUCCGGAACCUUUCUGCUGUGCUUUUUGCCCGGACGUGCCGAAGCGGAGGCCGGAAGUCCUUUGCCCGCAGGUUCCGGGUUUCCUGGGCUACUACAAUGGCGAUGAGUUUCGAGUGGCCGUGGCAGUAUCGCUUCCCGCCCUUCUUUACGUUGCAGCCGAACGUGGACACUCGGCAGAAGCAGCUGGCCGCCUGGUGCUCGCUGGUCCUGUCCUUCUGCCGCCUGCACAAACAGUCCAGCAUGACGGUGAUGGAAGCUCAGGAGAGCCCGCUCUUCAACAACGUGAAGCUACAGCGGAAACUCCCUGUGGAAUCAAUCCAGGUUGUAUUAGAGGAACUAAGGAAGAAAGGGAACCUGGAGUGGUUGGAUAAGAACAAGUCUAGCUUCCUGAUCAUGUGGCGAAGGCCAGAAGAAUGGGGGAAACUCAUCUAUCAGUGGGUUUCCAGGAGUGGCCAGAACAACUCCGUGUUCACCCUAUAUGAACUGACCAAUGGGGACGACACAGAGGAUGAGGAGUUCCAUGGGCUGGAUGAAGCAACCCUGCUUCGGGCUCUGCAGGCUCUACAGCAGGAGCACAAGGCUGAGAUCAUCACUGUCAGCGAAGGCCGAGGUGUCAAGUUCUUCUAGCAGAGACCUGUCUCCAUUUACUUCUUACCUCCCACCCUUCUAGGGCUUUCAAAGGGAGACCCACAGACUGGAUCUGUGACUCCACCAGACUCAAAAGGGCUCCAGUCCAGGGAUGAGGUUUCCCACUUAACUCCGUGUGUAUGUCUCUGGGGACGGGUGAGGCUGAGGCGCCAGGGAGAAAAGAUGUGCUUCUCUUUGCCCUACCUCUUCUCCCAUCCUAGACUGUCCCUGAGCCAGGGUCUGUAAACCUUUAACUCCACAUGUGUUCACACACGUUAAGUACAUACACACGCACGCCUGCACAAGCUUCUGUCUCUCCCCCUUCCCACCCCCUUUAGCUGCUAUUGCCUCCCCUCUCAGGCUGGUGCUGGAUCCUUCCUAGGGGAUGGGAGAAGCCCUGGCUGCAGGCAGCCUUCCAGGCAAUAUGAAGACAGGAGGCCCAGGAAGGGGCCUGGCAGUGAGAGGCCAGGCUGGACACUGAUUUAUGAUAUUAAAAAGCUCAACCCCA